GGAGAGCAGUUUAGUUUAGACAGGCGGACGGGCAGCUGCGUGGCCGAUAUCCGCUCAUCUUAGAAAUAACAAAAAACUUUUGGAAGUGCCGACUAGCUAUCCCUGUUUGGUUUUUUUUUUCAAGAAGGGAAUGAAUCUCCUUUCACUUGAAGUUGUUUGCACCAUAACCGGUUUUGAGGAGGCGGUGAGGCGCGGCGGCGGAUGGGAACAUACAGCCACAGCAGCAGCAGCAGCAGCAGCGCCAAACUCACAAUGCGCCCGGAGUGAACACAGCCUGGGAGACAAUACACAUCCGCGGGCACACUGAGGAGCUGCAACCUCUCAUCUGGGCUCUCCUUUUUCUUUCUUUUUUUAAAAACCCUGCUCCAUACAGUGGCGUUUUCCUCCCGCAGACUCCUCUACUGCUGAUUUUAUUGAUUGAUCGAGGCAAAAUUGACUUCGCGACGAGGGCAAGUGGUUUGAUCUCCAAACUCAGCCAUGACGUCUCCGGCGAAAUUCCGAAAGGACAAGGAGAUAGUGGCCGAAUAUGAAACUCAAGUUAAAGAAAUCCGUGCCCAGCUGGUGGAGCAGCUCAAGUGUCUGGACCAGCAGUGUGAGCUGAGGGUGCAGCUGCUGCAGGACCUGCAGGACUUCUUCAGAAAGAAGGCAGAGAUCGAGGUGGACUACAGCCGCAACCUCGAGAAGCUGGCCGAGAGGUUCCUCACCAAGACUCGCAGCACCAAGGACCAUCUACUCAAAGCAAAGAGGUUGGCGUACAGCUGCAAGAGGACAUGAUGAAAGUUCUUAAUGAGCUUUACACGGUGAUGAAGACGUACCACAUGUACAACACCGACAGCAUCAAUGCCGAGUCCAAGCUGAAGGAGGCGGAGAAGCAGGAGGAGAAGCAGAUGGGCCGCUCCAGUCGACAGGACGACCGCCAGACGCCGCGUUCCCCGGACACCUUAGCCAGCAUCAAGAGCGAUGAGAAACCUGUCCGACGCUCCAGUGUCAAAAAAAUUGAGAAGAUGAAGGAGAAGAGACAAGCUAAGUACACAGAGAACAGACUGAAGGCCAUCAAAGCCAGGAAUGAGUACCUUUUAGCUCUUGAGGCCACCAACAGCUGCGUCUUCAAAUAUUACAUCCACGACCUCUCUGACAUCAUUGACUGCUGCGACCUAGGCUACCAUGCCAGUCUGCAUCGCGCCCUGAGGACCUACCUAUCUGCAGAACAAAACGUAGAGACAUCAAAACACUCCGGGCUGGAAACCCUGGAGGUAGCCGCAGAGAGUCUGGAGGCCAACGGGGACAAACAGAAACUGAUGGAGACCUACAACAACGUCUUCUGCCCCCCAGCUCGCUUUGACUUUCAGUCCCACAUGGGAGACACGAUGGGAGUGAUGUGUGCGCAGCAGCCAGUGGAAAGCGAGUUGCUCCAGAGGUGUCAGCAGCUGCAGUCCCGCCUCUCCACACUUAAGAUUGAGAAUGAGGAGGUGAAGAAAACCAUGGAAGCCACUCUGUCCACUAUCCAAGACAUGGUGACAGUGGAGGACUACGACGUCUCUGAGUGCUUCCACCACAGCAACAGCAUGGAGUCGGUGAAGUCCACUUUCAGUGAAUCCUAUCUCAGCAAGCCCAGCCUGGCUAAACGGCGGGCCAAUCAGCAAGAGACGGAGCAGUUUUACUUCACGAAGCUGAAGGAGUUUCUGGAAGGCAGGAACCUGAUCACCAAGCUGGAGGCCAAGCAUGACCUCAUUGAGAAGACUCUGGGAGAGAGUCAGAAGACUGACUGUUGCCUUGCCAGUGGACGGAGGAACUCGUCGGUACGGAAGCAGGACUCUGGUGAAACCAUUCCUCUGAUGGUCGAGAGCUGCAUCCGCUUCAUCAGUCGCCAUGGUCUGCAGCAUGAGGGCAUCUUCAGAGUGUCAGGCUCUCAGGUGGAAGUCAAUGACAUCAAAAAUGCCUUUGAGAGAGGUGAGGAUCCGCUGGCAGGGGACCAGAAUGACCACGACAUGGACUCCAUUGCUGGCGUCCUGAAGCUCUACUUUAGAGGACUGGACCACGCCCUCUUCCCUAAGGAAGUCUUCCAUGACCUCAUAUCCUGUGUCUCGAUGGAGAGCCUCCAGGAGCGGGCAGUCCACAUUAAGAAAGUUCUGCAAUCUUUGCCGAGCAAAACCCUCAUCAUUAUGAGAUACCUGUUCUCCUUCCUCAACCACUUGUCUCAAUACAGCGAGGACAACAUGAUGGACCCCUACAACCUGGCCAUCUGUUUCGGUCCCACCCUGAUGUCUGUACCCGAGGGCCACGACCAGGUCUCUUGCCAGGCCCACGUCAAUGAGCUCAUUAAAACAAUCAUCAUCCACCAUGACACCAUCUUUCCCGGACUGCAGGACCUGAAAGGCCCCAUCUACACCGUCCCUGGAGCUGGAGAUGACUUCUGUGACAGUCCACACUGUGAGCCCCCCCUUGUGGAAGAGCCUGCACCUGAUACCGUCUCCGUCAUCCACAACAGCGAAGAUGGCUCCUUGGCUGUUUCAGAGUCUGACCCAUUCGAAGCCAUUGCUCGGUUCGACUACUCCGGCCGGACUAGUCGGGAGCUGUCAUUCAAGAAGGGUGCGUCUCUGCUUCUGUACCAGCGAGCCUCUGACGACUGGUGGGAGGGACGGCAUAAUGGAGUGGAUGGACUGGUGCCGCACCAGUACAUCGUGGUCCAAGAAAUGCCUGACGGGGGCAGGGGAAGUCCAAAGCUUGAUGUGGACAGCCGAGACCUGCUGGAGGAGAGGGUGUCAACUAGAGGCAGCGCUGCCUCUCCUACUGGAGCUCAUGUGGCUGACAUCUACUUGGCCAACCUGAACAAGAUGAGGAAACGUCCGGAGUCCGGGAGCAUCCGAAGAACAUUCCGGGGCUCAGAGAGCGAGAGUACUAGUCCAGGAGCCAGCAGUGGAGGAGGCGGUGGAGGAGGAGGCGGAGGAGGAGGGAGGAGGGAGGAGGCGGAGAGUGUGAGAACAGUUUCUUCCUGUUGGUGGGGGGUCUGUGAGAAAAGCGGAAAGGGCCUGUCAGCGCAGCAGCUCGUUCUCAACUCAGGUCAACGACAUACUCUCUAUCAGACAAAGGUGGAAAGUCCACAGUUACGCAAGACAACUACAGCAGGGCGCUCUAAGAGCUUCAGCAACCACAGACCACUGGACCCGGAGGUUAUAGCCCAGGUGGAGCACAGCUCACAGGACAUUGAGGCUACCAUGACUUCUGCCCUGAGCGAGCUCAGUAAGUUGGAGAGACAGAGCAGCUCGAAACAUACACACACCCCUGACGUGGUCCUGGACACACUGGAGCAGCUGAAAGGUGUGGGUGGCGGUGGAGGAGGAGGAGGAGCCUCGGAGCCCUCCAGUCCACUCCACUCCCGUCUGUUACGGGACAGCGAGGGGAGUUCCUCACACACCCACCCACUUCAGCGCAGCGCCUCUUCCGCCAGCGACGUGCCCUCCUCCUUCCGCCCGGUCAAGAGCCAGCCGCGGAGCCCCCUGCCCUCUGCCACAUCCCCCUCACUCUCUUCUUCCUCCCUCUCCUCAUCUGUACCUUCCUUUAGAGAGCUGCGCCCCCCAGCGACAAGGCCCAAGCCGGUGGUUUUCCCAAAGAGCGGAGGAGGAAGCGGCAGUCCAGCCAUGGGUUCCCCGACCUCUACUGUACCCCCUACACCUCCUCCUCCACCCACAGGCCACACACAUUCACUCCCUCACACCCCUCCUCCUCCACCUCCACCCCAGUCUAGCGAUAAAUCCUGCCCAGCUUAGGACCUCUCAGUCUGAUCCAUGAUACUGAUUCUUGCAAACACUUCAAUUCUUACAGCUCUUCUAUCAGGUGCAGAAAGCACUUUUUUUUGGUUUGACAUAAGACCUAACCCACUACUCAUGUGUAGCAUUCACUUCUUGGUGUCCAGGCGAGUUCUUAAUACACUGUGUUCCCUUGAGCGUGUCAAGAGUUAUCUCUGCCCUCUCCUGGCAGCUCUGCUCACAAAAGUCAGCUAUUACAGGGCGUAGAUGAGUGAACACCUUCGAAAGACACUUUUCUUUGCCACCACAGAGAUUGCAGGGAUCACUGGAUUUUUAAAAUCUUGUACAAGGGAACAGGACUCAGGAUGGACACCUACAGACGUACAGCUUACAUACACUAGUUUGUGUGUUUGAAAUUGUGUUUGAGUGGGCGUGCGAGUGUUACUUGCCUUUACACACAGAUCUAAGUGAGGAACAAAAAGCACUGUUUGAUUUUUGUAUAGUAGACAUGACAGUUUUUUUUUUUUGUUUUUCUUUUUUUCUUUUUAAUGACCCAUGACUAGCGGACUGGAAGGGAGUGUUUGAUUCCUGAUAAUAGACUGUGAAAUGCUAAGCUCUCAUUCUGUGUAGAAAUGAAACUCACUGACUUGCUGCUUCAGAAGUGGAAGACUGCAGAUAAAGGUGGGCUUUUGGUUGAUGAUGAAAGGAAAGAAAACUGGGCCAAAUAUCAGUGUAAGUCAUGUGAUCAAGAGCUUUAUUUUAUCUCUUCCUCCAGUGUUUGAUAUGUUGGUGAUUUAUUUUUUAAUUUUUAUUAUUAUUAUUGUUCAGUACUAGUACCACAAAAGGAGCAUAGCAGGAGCAGUGUUCUCCAAAAUAAAACAACAGUAAUUCUAAAUUCAAAUAUAGCAAUAAAAAUAAUGAAAGCUGGUAGUUUGAGGCAUUAUGCUGCUUCCCUCCUGCAGCUCUAUUAUGUAUGUAGAGGACCACUGAAACCCAGCAUUUUUAUAGGUAAUGUUGGACUGUACUCACACACGCGCACAUUUUCUCCAGAUGUGUGUGUGGUUGUGUUUUGUGGCAGCUAAACGCCUUUCAGGUUUUCCUUGCAUGCUGGGGCCAUAGACAGCAGCUUUGAUGGCGAGCUGGCUGAUUGCAUCAGUUUCUAUAUCUGCAGUACCAGCUACAGGACAUCUUCAAACAAAGUUACAGCUUGCUCCUUUAACUAUAUACUUCAGACUUAACAGUAAAAGGGUUUUAUUAUUCUAAUGGUGUGUAUGUAUGUGUAAUAAUCAUGAUGAUAACUGGAAGCAUGGAGCUGAGGAUCCUCCUAAGUGUGUUUAGAUAGAAGCACAACCAACCACCUCAUCCAAUGCGUUCUUAAGCAAAGUUUGCUUUAUUUUUUUUUUUUUGUUUCCAGUUGUUUAUUAAUGCGCAGAAUCUGUAAUGGUAAAAUGUUGAACUGUGUAGCUGUCCGGGUGUGUGCACGUGUGUGUGUGUGUGCCUGUGUGAGCAUGCGUGGAUGUAUAGAGUAUGUAUGCACCUCACCUCACCCCACCCCCGCCCCCCACCCAUCAUAAAGGGAUGCCACCCGACAGCAACUGUCUGGAGACACGCAAGAAAACACACCUCUCCCGUGUUUCUGGAGUACCAGCAGCCUUCCUGCUGAAUAAAUAUGGACUGUGUACAUGUGACCAGAUUUAAAAAAAAAAAAAAA